AUGGAGUUCUUGCUUGAGAAUUUUGGCCGAUUCUUUCAAGAUCAUGACCUGGAUCAUCCAAUCAUUGAGCUUCAUCCUCCGGUGCCAUAUGCUAGCUCUCCUAUGGUUCCCGCUCAAACGAUUCUAGGAGCCUCUGGAUCAUCGAAUGCUCUGAAGAGUCACAAUAGUCCAGCUAUGACUGACGGUUGGGGUUCGAGCUCAACCAUGUCAUCUAGCCACAUGUCUAACUCGCCGCCUCGCUCUGGCGUUCAUACAAACAACCGUGGUAGUAUCAUUCACAAGAAAUCCAUUCGUGUGGUUGCGCAAGAGGCUAAGGACAGACUCUCACGACAAUAUUCUGGAUCUAAAGUUAUGCGAAGAAAGUCGACUAAGAUGUGGGGUAGUCGAUUAGCCGAAGUCAUGCCAACGAACCAAAAUGGACCAUCGGUUGGCUUAGGUAUGCAUGAUUAUGAAGAAGAAUUAUCGCCAAUUGCCGGUUCACCUGGUGUAAGUGGUACUAUCAAGACCUUUCAGUAUCUCAAAGGUGGCCUCAUUGGCCGUGGAUCCUUUGGGCGGGUCUAUCACGCUUUUAAUCUGGAUACGUGUGAAAUGAUUGCAAUCAAGGAGGUGGAUCUACCACAGACGCUUUCAGAAAGGAAUUGUGAUCGCCUCAAGACUUCGGUUGAGGCACUCUUUUCUGAGAUGGAGGUGUUAAAGGACCUAGAUCAUGAAAACAUUGUUCAGUACCUGGGCUUUGCACAGAAUGAGCUAACGGCCAAUAUCUUUUUGGAGUAUGUCUCUGGAGGCUCCAUUGAGUCUUGCCUGAAGCGUAGUGGUCCAUUCCCUGAGGCUGUGAUAAGGUUUUUUACUAGACAAAUUUUACUCGGUCUUGAGUACAUCCAUAGCAAGAAGAUUGUGCACAGAGACAUCAAGGCCGCUAAUGUAUUGGUAGACGAGCAGGGUGUCUGCAAAAUCUCAGACUUUGGAAUCUCAAAACGAAAUGCGCAGAGCCAAGGAGGAUAUGAUGAGAACGUGGGCUCGCUUCAAGGUUCCAUUUUCUGGAUGGCUCCCGAAAUGGUCACAUCCAAAGCAUAUGGAGCCAAGGUAGAUAUCUGGAGCUUUGGAUGUCUAGUGCUCGAGAUGUUUACAGGCCAGCAACCAUGGAAGGGCUAUGCGCCUCAGCAAGCGCUCUUCACGAUUGGAAGUAACAAUGCUCAUCCACCUAUUCCCGAGAAUAUUUCGGAAGAAGGUCAAAGGUUCCUUGCCCGCUGCUUCACGACAGAUGCCAAUCUUCGACCGACCGCAUCUGAGCUACUUCAGGAUCCCUUUGCAGUGCCACCAGCCAACUUUAACUUUAAUGAUUACAUCGAAGGAAAAAUAACAGACUAA